ACCAGUUGCGAAAGAGAACAAAACAUCUGAAAUCAUUAUGUUUCGCUGAGCUUAACAAAGUUGGAAUCCCCUUCAAUGAAACGUUUAAACCAAAACAUGUGGGGGUGUUUCGCGAUGAAAAAUAUAAGCUCAUGUCAUUUCUUGUAGCCAAAAUUGGUUCAACUUUUUUGAAGCAAAUGCACCAGAUAGUCCAUAAUGGGAUCGAGACAGCUGAUGGUGUAUUUAGUUUGUCCAGAGAAAAGGUACACUCCGAUAUAGCGAACCGGCAAAAACUACUGAACAUAAAUAACAUACAGGAUUACACGGAGAAGCACGAAUGGGUUUUCCGAACGAUCUGAUUUCGACAGAACACCAGUUGCGAAAGAGAACAAAACAUCUGAAAUCAUUAUGUUUCGCCGAACUUAACAAAGUUGGAAUCCCCUUCAAUGAAACGUUUGAACCAAUACAUGUGGGGGUGUUUCGCGAUGAAAAAUAUAAGCUCAUGUCAUUUCUCGUAGCCAAAAUUGGUUCAACGUUUUUGAAGCAAAUGCACCAGAUAGUUCAUAAUGGGAGCCAGGUAGCUGAUAGUGUAUUUGGCUUGUCCAGAGAAAGCGUACACAUCAAUAUUUCGAACCAGCCAAAACUACUUAACAUAAAUAACAUACAGGAUUACACGGUGAUGAUAUUUUCUAGAAAUCCUUAUGCAAGGUUAUUUUCAUUUUAUAUUGAUAAAAUUUACAUGCCUAAUGCAUAUCACGUUUUCAUAGAAGAAAUACAAAAUUUCUAUCCGGGAAAGAAAUGCUUUCUAGAUACAACAUUUUCCGACUUUAUCAAGUUUGUUAUUGGCUUCUCUGGAAAUCCACCACUGUACGACCAUUUCUGCCCGUCUUCCAACUGGAUAACGUAUGUACCUCUCAUUUGCCAUGCCAAUGACUUGUACAUAAUUAAGCAAGAGACAUUUUCCAGAGAUGUUGACCAUGUUCUAAGGUCUAUUGACAUUGAAUCAAAGACAUACAACACUAUACGUGGUGCUCUCUUCGAUAACAAAGCAGAUAUCUAUCUCCCUGGCCUGAUUGAAUCCUUCUAUGAAACUACACUAAAACGUCUCGUCAGACAAUAUCCAUGUGUAAAUGCGGAAAAAUUGCCAUUAAGACUUUGGUCAGCUCUCCAGAUCCAAGGGUACAUUCCAAAGCGAUGUGGCUUUCCAAUGGAUAAGUUUAAUCCAAAAAGCUUAUUAGGAGAUAAGAACUUCAUGUUAAAAUUGGUAAUGGCUACUGUGCGUGAAAACCCGAUGUCUGAGGACGAGAGACGAUCACAGCGGACUGCUGCGUUGCAUGAAGCAUUUGACAGCAUUGACGAACAGGCAAAAGAGAAGCUUGUAAACAUGUACCGGAUGGAUUUUACACUAUUUGACUAUGACACGAACAUCCCAUAGAAUGUGCUAGAAACUGCUUACUGCAUCGUAACAAAUGUAAAAUUAAAGAAAUAUAACACACAACUGAGGGCCAUAUGACAUAAUAAGGACCGGCCAGUCAGCCAACGAAGGUGUAUAUGGACCGAGGCGUUAGCCCAUAUCCUUUCAAAUUUCGGGGGCUGACUGGCAAGUCCAUAUAAUGCCAUAUGACCCUUAUAUUAUAUUCUUUAUAUUAUAUCGA